CCAUUUUGGCUUGAUAUAUUUGAGUGACCAACCAAGCGUGAGAGGCAAUUAGCGUGCACAUCAAAGCAAGUUCAAGUGGAGUAGCUUUUUUUAGUUUAGAGCACACAACAACGAACGUAUUCAAUACGAACAACAUAAUCUCUUGAUUUCAUCAAUCUUUAUAGUUGUGAUCAUAACUAGUAAAUAGACAAACUUGUACAUAUUUAAGAACCUUUCCAUGAUGCAAUUUACUACAACUGUUCCUUUCAACAAGAUGGAACUCAUCAGAGAAUUUCACCACCAACAAAUUCACUUCCGUAAACAAGUCUCCACUCUUAAAGUUUUACUUGCUGGAUCCGAGAAUGAUAGCAAGACUCCAACCACUACAACCUCCACAAUUAUUGUUGAACCAACUACUAACACAAGUACCUCCAAUAAUACAACAAUUCCCUCCACCAAUAAUACUAAUUUCUCCUCUACUAACAAUGACAUGAUGCCAGUUUCACCAACAACUGGAAGAACCAAAAGACCAACAAAUAAUCAUGGUUCUAGAUGUCGAUCCCCAUACAAGAAAGAUUCUCCUUCCAAAAUGAAAACUACUUUGGCAAAGGCUGCAGUCCUCAAAACCAAGACAGUGAGACAAGCUUUGGUUCUUCUUUAUAUGGUGCUGAGAGUUUCGAACAAUACACUGAGCUUAAAAGAGUUAGUUUAGAUUCUAUUAACAAGUUGGGUACAUUGAAAAACGCAAUGGAAAAUGGAAUCAAGGAGUUGUCAAACUUGUGGGAAAUUUUAACCGAGAUGGAUGAAGAGCAACCUGGUUCUCUCUUCCUUAUGGAUUUUGAAGAAGAUGGUGAGGAAACAACUCCUGCCUUCUCCAUGUCCAAUAGCCAAACGAGUUCAAAUAAGGUGAAUUUGAGAGCACAAAGAAUUCAAAUCUGUGACCAAAUUACCAAACUCAUUAAUAUUGAGAGUACACUUUUGAAUAUUAUAGAAUCACACCAAAAUAUGCUCGAGAAUAACUUUGGUUACUCAUUGCCAAACAAUAAGGAAGAUGAUCCAACUUAUACAAAGAGUAGUUCUUCCUCCAAUCUUUUACCAUCCACUAAAAAGUUGGCAAGUACAAACUUUAAGGACAUUAUGGAUUAUAUAGAUUUUGCAAACCACAUUCAAAGGACAGUAUCUUGCUCUACACUUUUUGAAAAGGCCAGGAAGUUAAUAAUCCCUGAUGAACAAGAAGCCAACGAGUUUUGUGCUGUGCAUGGAGAUGUAACUGGAAUGACUGGUGCAAGCCCUGUUAUCAGGUCUCUUCCUUCAGCUACAUUCCCAAAUAAUACAGGAACUAAUCCAAAUGUAAAGUGGAGAGAAUUUAUCAAGUUGGAAAAACUCAAUAAGAAAUUCCAAAGAAAGCUGAAUGAAUUUGAAGGUGUUAUCGUGCAAUUUGUACAAAUGAAACAACAAUAUAAAUAAAUAACAAGUAUUAACAAGUUGUUCG